AUGGGUGAAGAAGGCUUCAAUCCAUUCCCUCCGGCCCCUGAACCCGUGUCCGAAUUGGGCCGGUACAGGGUUCUGUCUAGCACUGCUGGCGUCCGAGUAUCACCUCUGCAGCUUGGAGCCAUGUCCAUUGAUGAUGCGUGGAACUUGUUCAUGGGCGCCAUGAGCAAGACUGACUCUUUCAAAUUACUUGAUGCUUACCAUGAACUGGGUGGGAAUUUUAUUGACACUGCCAACAACUACCAAAAUGGACAAUCCGAAGAGUGGAUUGGUGAAUGGAUGAAAGCUCGUAGCAACAGAGACUUGAUCGUUCUGGCUACCAAGUAUUCAUUUGCGGCAGAGGCUCAUAAGUUAGGAAAUGGCAAGACCGUGACAAUGACGGGGAAUCACAAGAAGAGCAUGCACAUUGCCCUUCAUCAGUCUUUGAAAAGCUUCAGACCGACUAUAUCGAUCUGUACUAUGUCCAUUGGUGGUCAGGAAAAGUACUCUACCUUGGAAUUUCAGACACCCCGGCUUGGAUCGUGUCGGCUGCAAAUGAGUACGCUGUAUCACGAGGGCCGAUGGAAUGUCAUGGCUCGAGAUUUUGAACGAGACAUUAUCCCUAUGGCGCGACACCAUGGAAUGGCCUUGGCUCCGUGGGAUGUGAUCAGAGGCGGCAAGUUUCAAAGCCAGAAGCAGAUUGCGGCAAGAAAGGGAGAACCAUUACGAGCCGUUGGGCAUACCGGUCAGACGCCUGAAGAGGAGAAAAUCAGUGCAGCCCUGGAGAAAGUGGCCGAUGAGCACGGAGUGGAAUCGCUUUCAGUCAUUGCGCUAGCCUAUGUUCGGCAAAAAGCUCCCAACGUGUUCCCCAUCGUUGGAGGAUGA